CUUCGAAGGGUGCAGCGCACCAUGGACGUGUAGGCCAAUGUUUGGCUUUGUCUUGCUGCCCCCACCUGGGGGGGGGGGCUCUGGGCUGGGGCUCAAGUCCUUCACCCCCCGGGUAGCCUUCUCUCGAGGAGCUCUCAAGGACUUCCUGACCUGACCUGGCCUGACCUCCUCGCUGCGCCGUCUGGAACGAGGCCUCCUCGCCAGGCUGCUCCGCCUCCCAGGCAGCUUCCUUGGCGGGAUGGAGUGGUUCGAGAUGCCGACCGUCGGCGGCCCCGCCAUAGUGUCGGCGACGCUCCUCUGCGAGGCCGCGUUCGUCAGGGCGGCGCUCCUCACGCUGCCGUCGUGGGCCGCCGAGGUGCGGGCCUUGCGCAGGGCGGAGAGGCUGCACCUCCCGAUGGUGCGAUGGCUGCGCGGCUGCCCCUGGCCGAGCUGGUGGCGCGCCCCGCCGUUCGCCAUCACGCUCGAGCGGGCGGCUGUGAGUGAAGGGAGUGGCCCGCGCCCCGCUGCUGUGCGCGCGCUGCGCGCGACCCUCGCGCUGGCCGCCCGACGCGAGGCUUCUCGCCCCAGCGAGCAGACGGCUAUCGGGGGAGAGGUCCAAGAGCGGGCCGUGUGAGUGCGUCCUCGAAGCUUUCUUUACUCUUCCCUCCUCCGCUCGUCUCUUCCCGUGCCCCCCUCCGCCCCUCGCCUCCAUUGCCGUCUGGCCACGCGUCUUGCUAGCCGGUUCGGGGCCUAC